GGGAUGCAUAGGCAGUAGAGGAUGGUAGAUGACUGGGGGGAUGAUGUACAAGAAGAUGUUAGCGGGGAUGAUGAUGGUGGCGGGGAUGCCAGUGACGAUGGUGGUGGGGAUGACGGUGGGGAUGGCAGCGGCGGUGGGGGGGAAGGAGGUGGUAGUGGUGGUAGUGGUGGUGAUGGCGACAGUGAUGAGGGAGGCACCACUUCAGAAGCAAUAGCCGCAUUGGUAGGACACUGGCCUUCAUCGCCUACAUCAACCUCAGCAGCGUAUACAUUAUUUGUAGCGGUUGGACCAUUCUCUGGCUGGGCUGGCGUAUCCAGAUUGGCGUUUGCCAGUUCAGCAGGAGUAACAGGACGGGGUAGACGAGGUUGCCAGAGCACCGAAGAUGUCUGGUACCGUCGGGAUCUCCGGGACAGAAGCUCCGACUGGCGGGAUGACAGGGACCGGAACCCCGAUCAGCGAGAUGACAAGGAGUGGAGACCACAUCGGCCCCCCGUGACGUGCUUUAGCUGCAACGAACCAGGACACUAUGCCAAUCAGUGUCCUCUGCAAGAGCGGCGGCAACUUCCAUGCCGCCCAUCCACGUCCUCCGACUCCCGAAGAACUCGAUCCCCACGGAGAUUCGAGUCAAGACGAGAGCAUUCUCCAAGGAAGGAGUCCGAACUGCGCGAGACGGUGGCCAAACUUUCGAAAGGUGUUGCUUCAAUCAAGGAGCACGUCAACGCUGUUCAAGCUAAGAAGGAUGAGAAAGCUCGGCGCAAGUUGGAAAAAGAGAAGGAGAAGGAGGAUGAGAGGAGGAGACUCGAAGAGGAGGAAGUCAUACGAUCCCAAGAAGAGGCACGUCGUGAAGCUAAGCUACGAAAGAAGGAGAAGAAGGCCAAGCAAGAGGCCGCUUUACGAGCAGAGAUGAAGAAGGAUGUCACCAUGCAUGCGGCGAUAUUGAUUAGCGAGAUCAAGGAUGACUGAAUUAGCCAAUGGAAGACAGCGGUGCUGCCGGUUUUAGCGGGAGGAGCAGCGGAUGAAAAAGGCAAAACGAAGGUGGAAUACAAGUCAGCUGAGGAGAGCGACCCAGAUUAUAGCAGCGGUGACAGCGAGACUAGCGUCACGCAAGA